AAUAUUGUAAUGCACUUCCAGUAGAAUUGUUGAGAGAUUAAUUGGGGUUAAUUUUAACACUGAUCAAGAAUCUUUUGUUUAAAUUGGAUGUCUUUUGUUCAAUUAUUCAUCUGAAAUUUAUUGUUGACUAUUUGUUUUGUGCUUUCUCUGUGAUUGAAUUGUUGAUGAGUUAUCCUCCAAAUGUCAUGUUUGGUUGUAGAGCAUUGAAAAAUCCACAUAAAUACUUGUCACACAUGCUACAUUACAUAGCUAAUUGGAUAAUCUGUUCUCGCCCUUUAAUCUUGAUCGGUGUGUCGUGUGUGCAUAUGACACCAUCCCAGAUAUAUGUAUAUAUGUCUAGAUUGAUAGCGACCUUUUGUUGCUCCUCAUGAUGUUGUUCCUUUUCUUCUUGCAAUUAGCAAAGAAACCAAAAACUAGACUAAUUGCAAGCAGAAAAGGAACAACAUCCACGACUUGCUAAAGAACACUCGAACUUAAAGCUAGUUUACAAAAAAAAACACUCGAACUUAAAAUUAGUCUACGGUCAUUAUAUUCAUAUAUAUGUGGCAGUGGCAAAGGCCUAAUGGAUUUACAGUGGAAACUAACCGUUGUUUUUUUCUCCUAUAAGAAUUAAAUCACUAAGCUACAACCACUUUUAACGGGUGUGAUAUUCUUCUCUAUCUCUGGUAGUAGAAGUUCUUAACUAAAAACAUACAAUACCUUUUGGCAUUUUCCUUAUAUAUCUAGGAGAAAUAACAAUGAGACCAAACUAAGCUUAAAAAUUUCCUAUCUUACGCUUAGAGAAUCUUAAAAAUGGAUGAGAUCAAAUGUAUUGUAAGAAAUUGAAAUGUAACUCAUUAAUAUGACAAUAUGCAUAUGAGUAUAUCUCUGUAUAGUUCCUUCGCAUUGUGCUUCCAUUUUACAAUAGUCAAACUCUACAAGUCUAGUUAGCUAGUUUCUUUGGUAGUUUCUCCUAUGUAUUAGCACUUUACAAAGUGUACUGACUUGAGAUUAGGCUUCUUAUGUUCCUUAUUAAUUGCACAGUUUUUUUCUGUGGUUAAAAAUUAAAUUACUAAUUCAUAACUUCAUAUGCAAGUGAAGAUAAAGUGGAUUAAAGCCAAACUGUGUUUGAAUUCUUUCAAUAAAUCAUGGACUUCAAGAAUUAGGAUUCCAACCGUGACCUUACCUAAUUUGUUAUACUUGCUUUCUUGGCUUAUCCUUUAUGGAGUGAUUGUCCCACAACUUUAAGCCAAAUUUUUGUUUUCAGUUCUCCGAUUCAAUUGAAUAUAUGUUUUAAAGCUUCAGUAAUAGCUAGGUGUGACUUGGACACCAGGCGAAGCUAAUCCAUUGGUAUAUAUUAUUUUCAUGUAUAAUUAGCCAAAAUUUGUAGCGACUUCACCAACGUCUAGAGAUUUUCCUUGUAUAUAUCAACAUGAGAUUUUUACCCAUGUAUAUCCGUGGACAUGGAAAGAAGAAAAUACUGGAAAAAUGUAAAUCUAAUAUGGACAUUGCAAAAAUAUUGUAGCUAGUUACAAAGAUACAAGAAGUGACUGUAAACAAACAUGUUUGUGAGUUUGUUUUAAGCGAUAUAUACUACAUUCACGUCUAUAUAGAAGCCUAGUUAAGUAAUAUUAUUGAUACAAACUGAUGUCAAACUCAUAUACAAUUUCUAUAUAUAAUAGCAUUCUCCCUAUAAAGGCCGCUAUUGGUGCUCUUUCUAACUCAUAAUUUUGAAAUGUUAUUUUCGUCAAUUGGCUCUGAUACGUAUUUUUGUUUUGUUCUUGAUAUCUCCAGCAUGACCAACAUCAUCGAUCGUUAUGAAAUACAACAUGCUGGUGAACUUAGAAGCUUGGAUCUUGCGGAAAAAACUCGGAUUUAUCUUCCACACAAUGAGUUACUCGAAUCAGUCAAAAGCAAUCUUGAAGAAUCAAAUGUCGACAAUGUAAGUGUAGAUUCUCUAAUUUCUCUGGAGGACCAGCUCGAGACUGCUCUGUCUGCAACUAGAGCUAGGAAGACAGAACUAAAGAUGGAGUUUGUGAAGAUGCUUCAAGAAAAGGAGGAGUUGCUGAGACAAGAGAAUCUGGUUUUGGCUAGCCAGGUAUUGCAGGGUUUGGAGUGGGCUUCUUUGCUUGACGGGCCAGCUGCUUUACUUCUUCAGAUCCAUUGGGUCUUAUAUCCCCGCGCAAACUCGAGGUGGGUGGCAAAACAACUCCGAGUUUGGAACGAAGAUGAAAGAAGUUUCGUUGAGGCAGAGACUUGGUGAACACGUCUGCGAGCUGCUGAGCUGCUGGAAUGUGUUUGACAAUGAGUGAACCAUUUGCGACUUUCUCUCUGGCAAAGUGAUAGUGGGUGGCGAAGUGUUUCGACUUUCUGUGUAACACAUGAUUCACAGUCAGAUGUACUGCAGAGAGAUUGUCACAAUAAAUUUCUGCAGGUUCUGCUUGCUUCACACCGAUGCUUUGCAGCAUCAAACCAAUCCACUCGAGUUCAGCCGCUGUGUCAGAUAUACAUCGGUACUCUGCCUCUGUUGACGACCUAGCCACGGAGUCUUGUCUCUUGGCUGACCAGGAGAUCAUGUUUGAUCCAAGAAACGUACAAAAACCUCCUGUUGACCGUCUUGUUUCCUGACAUCCACCCCAAUCACUGUCGCAGUAAGCCCGGAGUCUUGAGUCAGAGUUAGAUUCGAGUUGAACACCCAUCUCCAGUGUACCUUUGACAUAUCUCAAGAUCCGUUUCAGUAGAUUGAAGUCUGAGACCGACGGGAGAUGCAUCUUUUGACAUACUAUAUUGACUGCAAACUGUAUGUCUGGUCUUGUCAAGGUCAGAUACUGAAGUUUGCCGGCCAAGCUACGAAAGUAUGUUGGGUUGCUGAACAUUUCAUCCUGAUGUGGUACUCUAUCAAGCUGAAGUGGAAGAGAUGUUGGCAUUGGAGCACAAUCCAACAUCCCUGCAGCUUGAAGUAGGUCAGUUGCAUACUUAGCUUGAUUCAAGAAUAAUCCAGUAGGUGUAAACUGAGCUUGUAUACCCAAGAAGUAGCUUAGCGGACCCAUGUCUUUCAUUCUGAACUGUUGCUUCAACGAGUUGAGCAGCUGCUUAAGUAGUUCUUGAUUGUUACCGGUGAGAACCAUGUCAUCUACGUACAGGAGAAGAAACAUGACGUCCUUGCCUUUAAGAUAAACAAACAGCGAUGGAUCUCCAGUGUUGCAGAGGAAACCAAACUCUAGGAGAAAGGAGCUGAAUUUGUCGAACCAGGCUCGUGGAGCUUGCUUAAGGCCGUAGAUGGCUUUUCUCAAGAGACAUACAUGAUCAGGGUUGUUCUUGUCUUCGAAGCCUGGUGGUUGUUUCAUAUACACCGUUUCAGUCAAGUCGCCAUGUAAGAAGGCGUUUUUGACAUCGAGUUGCUUGAUGUCCCAUCGAAAUAUCACUGCAAAGUGAAGCACCAUUCUAACAGUUGCAGUUCGAACAACAGGACUGUAUGUCUCUAAAAAAUUGACUCCUUCUUCUUGUUGGUUUCCACGAGCAACUAAACGAGACCGAAGCUUGAGAAGUGUGCCAUCAGCGUUCAGUUUUACCUUGUGUAUCCAUCCACAACCAAUAGGUUGGACAUCAGGAGGAGCUGGAACGAGAUCCCAUGUGUGUGUUUCAUCGCACAUAUCUUUCUCUUCUGUCAUGGAUCCGUUCCAACCUGGAUGAUUCAAUGCUUCCGCAAGCGUUCUAGGUACUUGAGGAAUGCCUUUUAUCGCCAUCAGGGCAUAUCUUGGAUUGGGCUUCAUCACCCCUGCUUUGCCCGUUGUAGUCAUUUUAUGAGAAUUGGCAGAGACCAGAGGAGCCACAGGUGGUGCCUCAUGAUCAGAGUCAGACUCGGAUGAGGAGGAACUUGACGCAAUUUGCUCUUGAUCAUUGCCAGUAACUUGCGCAGGAGCAGGAGCUGGUUGUAAGGAACCCAUAGGUAGUCUUACUGGAACCGUUCUGCCAAUCUCUUCUUGCUGUUUCUCUGCUUCACACUGAUCUUGAGGAGAAACAGGUGGUUCUUGAAGCCUCCAAGAAGAGUUUAAGUACGUAGUUGCUGCAGGAAGAAGGUGGCAAUACUUGUCUUUAUAAGGAAGAGACACGUCCGGUAGGUGGAUGAUAACAUCUGUAGCCUUUGUAGCGCUCGUUAUAUCCAACAAAGACACACGACAGAGAUUUGGGAUCAAACUUGUUCUCUGCGUAUGGCCUAAGAUAUGGAUAGCAGGCGCAGCCGAAAGCUCUUAGUGCUGUAUACACUGGUGAUUUUCCAUGCAGAAUCUCGUAGGGGCUGAUCAUCUUGUCAUUAACAGAGGUAGGCAGCAAGUUACUCAGAAAUGCAGCGGUGAAGAAAGCUUCAACCCAAAGCUGCUGAGGCAGAGAAGUCUCAAACAUCAUUGAUAAUCCUAACUCGGUGAUGUAUCUAUGACGUCUCUCUGCUAUACCGUUUUGUUCAGGUAUGUGUGGACAUGAUAUGAGAUGUUUGAUUCCGCAUGAAGCAAAAUGAUCCGUCAAACGUUUGUUAACAAACUCACCACCACCAUCUGAUUGAAACAAGGCUAUCUUCGUUCUAAAUUGGUUCUCUACUUGAGCUUGAAAAGUUUUAAAGACAGAGAACACAUCAGACUUUGCUUUAAGUGGAUAGAGCCAACAGAAUCUUGAACAAUUGUCAAUGAAUACAACAUAAAACCGGAAGCCCUGAGCUGAUACAACAGGAGCAGGACCCCAUACAUCACAAUGUAUUCUCUCAAGCACUCUGUUGGAGCGAAAAUCUGAACUAAAGAAAGGUAGUUUACAUGUCUUUCCUAACUGACAUGCUUCACACAAUGACUUAAGAGUCUUAUUGAACGAGAUAGCUUUGAUUGUAGAUAGAUGCUGCAGAACUUGAUCGUUGGGAUGUCCCAAUCUCCUGUGCCACACAGUGUCACUCGCACUCUGCUGUCUAGAAGAGUAGAAGGACUGAAACUGCGGAUCAUCCAACCGAUACAUGCCAUUAACCUUGCUUCCCCGACUGAGAACCUGACGAGUGACGAGUGACCUUGUCCUUAACAUACACAGCAGAACCAUCAAACGUGAACUUACAAGGAUAAUCAUCUGUCAACUUGGACACAGAGAGCAAUGACUUGGUAAUAGUAGGACACACUAGUACAUCCAAGAGAGGGAUUUUACCUGUUGCAGUCGGAAUAGAAGCGGAGCCCACAUGUGUGAUAGGUAAGAAGUCUCCAUUGCCUACCAUAACCCUGUCAUUUCCAUCAUAUUCUUGUGGCGUGUCCAAGUGUUGAGCAGAGUUGGUUACAUGAGCAGUGGAGCCACUGUCUGGGUACCACUCCGCUCCGUUCUGUCUGCUGUUGGAGCCUGUCGUUAAGACGUUGGCCUGAGGAGGGUCUGGAACAUAGAAGUUCUCGUCAAAACAGUAGUGACACUUGUAAGCUGGAUGUCCAUAUUUGCCACAGAUUUGGCAAGUAGGUCGUGGGUUGUUGUUGGAGGAACCGCGUCCCUGAUGAGCACCUUGACCAAACUGUUGGGGGAAUCCUCUGCCUUGUGUAAAGUAGGAGCCACGACCUCUGUAACCUCCUCUGUUUUGACCUCGUCCUCUUCCAGCGUAUCCACCACGAUUCACAUAAUAAGCCUGAUGUGGAGACGGUUCAGCAGGUACUUCAUAUGAGCUCAGCUUGUCGUCAAAUCCUGUGAGCUUGUGAGCAACGUCAUCAAAGCACAGACCAGGAGCAAGAUCCAUGGAGUGUUCAAUGACGGUACACAUAGCUUCGUACUCCUUUCCUAGCCCAUUCAGGACUCCAUAUAUCUUCUCUUGCUCAGUAAUGGGAGCUCCAAUCGAAUCUAGCUGAUCACAGAGAGACUUGAUCUCAGCUAGAUACACCGACAUAGUUUUGGUUCCUUUCUUUGUCGUUUGAACCUUCCUCUGGAGAUCGAGACGACGUGUUGCUGAGACGCGGUUGAACUUCUUCGCUAGAGCCAGCCACACCUCUUGAGAUGUGUGAAGGCCGUAAACGGAUUUGAGAGCAUCUUCCGUCAGUGUUCCAUACAUCCAGGCUAAGAUAAGUUGAUCUUUCUGCAUCCACUUGUUGUAUUCGGGAUUGACAGCUUGGGUUUCUUCUUCGCCUUGUUGUACAGUAACUGUCGGGAGAGGACGUAGCGUUGCUCCGGUGACAUGACCAAGGAGCAUUUGGCUUGAAAGAAACUGCUCGAAUUGCAACUUCCAUAGAAGAUAGUUGCCUUCUUUGAGCUUUAGAGUUACAGCCUGCGUGAUUGUCAACGCAGAAACCGCAAGAACUUCCUGUUCUUCAUCCAUGAUCUACUUCCAGAGCUCUGAUACCAUAAAGAAAGAUGAGAUGAUUCUCGAACUCUGACAGCUAGCCCUGACAGCUCUCUGACAGCUCACUCUCCUUGCUCCAAUAGUGAGUCAAACGGUUGCGCAAGAUGACUUGACCAGCUGGUAUUGCAGGGCUUGGAGUGGGCUUCUUUGCUUGACGGGCCAGCUGCUUUACUUCUUCAGAUCCAUUGGGUCUUAUACUAUAUUCCUCUUGCUAAAAAAGGAAUUGUAAAAUUAAGAUAGUAUGGAACUUUGUUGUACCUUCGUAGACAAGAUCGGAGCUUGUGUACUUGUCUGAAAGUACAGGUUUUGGAUUUUAAAAGUCUUUGCUUUUCUUCAGAACACUGAAAGUACAGGUUUUGGAUUUUAAAAGUCUUAUUCUAUUUGUUU